UGAUAAAUAUUUAACAGUAUUCUCAUAUUGUCAGUCAAUUUUCUUAAACCUAUAUUUUCCAAAAGUUUUAAACCUUUUUAUUAUAUUUUUUUUGCCUUUUAAUUUUCGUUGGUAGCAUAAGGAAAGAAUGUUACAUAGAAAUUAGUCACCUUAGGAAAGUUAUUACCAAUAAAUAACUUCAUUUAGAGGACGAUAAGAAAAAGAGGCUUUAUCACUAAUUUUUUUAGAUGUUUAAGCAUUUUAAAAAUUCAAAGAAUAUAUCAGAUUUAUGCACGUUACAUAUACAAAUAUAUAAGAAAUUUAAAUACGAAUAAUACUUAAUAUUAUUUAUUACUAAACUUUUUACAAUUAAUCUUAUCGAUUAUUGUUUGAACAGUAAUAAAUUGCAAGCCUUUUCUUUAAAUAAUUGAUAAUAUUUGAUUCAUGCAAUUUUUUUGUGAAAAUAAUUUUAUGUGUCAAGAACGAUUGCUCAUCUCAAACGAUAUAAUAGGUGUGUAAUAGCAUUUUUAUGGUAUAAAUAAAUGUUUCGAUAUAAAGGAGCACCGUUUAAAUGGAAGAAAUACAAUUAAUGAAAAAUUUCUCAUCGUUUAUAAUGAUCAAUAUUUUCAGAUACAAAAGAAUCCGCUGAAUGCAGACCAUUUUUAUAAGUUAAUAGCUCAUUCAUUACAUACACUUAUUGCAAUCUAAUUUUUUUUGACUUCACAUAGGCAAACACGCGUAAGAAAUAAUGCUGUACUAUGAGUCACUGAAAUAAUGGAAACAAUUUGCGUUCAUUUUAAAUCAUCAUUUAACUGUUACCCGUGUAUCAUUCCUACUCAUCAUGAGCCGAAUAAGAGAGAAAACAAAAUAAUCAAAACAAAUGCGAAGAUAUUAAAGUCUUUUUUUUUUUUUUUAUAUAUAUAAGAAAGAAAAGAUAAUGAAUGUGGUCAAUGGUUCAUCAUGUAGAGAGAUAUACUUAAAAGAUAUAAAUUUUUUGUAUGUUUAUUGGAUCCUAGUGGAUGACUAGUGGAGGCAAAAACUUUCGUUAUUCUCUAUUUAUAAUUGAUGGAUUCAUUUUUUUUUUUUUUUUUUUUUUUUUUUUAUAUGAAUACUGUUAAUGAUGUUCGUAAGCCCAUGAUUUUAAAGUAAAUACUUCUUUAUGUUUCCCCAUUUACAUAUUUGACGCUUACUUUAAAUCUAAUCAUUUCGACAGAUUUUUAAGCUUUAAGAUAGAAUUCUUAUAAUUGGUCCCAUAAUACGUUUUUUGAUAUUCAUUUGUCAGUUGUUAUUGUAUAUUGGUUUCGUCGACCCAAUAUAAUAUAAUAUAUAAUAGAACAAUAGAUAAAAAUACGGAAAAGAUAUGUUUUUUAUCAGCAAUUAUUAAAUCAUUAACUUAUGUUUGUUCGUAAUGCCGAUUAGGUCAACAUUCAUAACAUGCGUUAUGUAAAGAACUUCACUUAUCAUGAAAGAUAUUCUAUCGCCUUUAAAUAAUAAUAACAGGCGAACUGUUUUUUUCUUUCCUACGCUAUAUAAAAUUUUAAAUUAAAGUGAUAGGGGAUAAUUCAAUUACUGGAAUGUAUUUUUGAAGAAAAAAGGAAACCAGUUGUCACUUCAACCAUUUCAACUUCUAUCUAGCGGAACUAAGUACUAAUCGAGAAGGCGCGUUUGAUUGUUCUUGUCGUUUAUGCGAUCAACAAGAGUAUAAUUGAGUGCAUCUUUAGUAAAAAGUAUAUAAACAACAAUUAUGGCCUGUGAAUUGAUAAAUAGUAACAAUGAUUUCAUUAUAAAAGAUAAUAUAUUGAAAGGCAAAGAGGAACCUUUAUCUACGGAAUACACGAACAUUGGACAAUUACUUUUGGACAGAAUGAAGGCUAAACCUGACUUGAUUGGUCAAAUAGACGUUAUCACCGAGGAGACAUAUACUUUUGCCGAAAUGUUUGAUCGAACUGUAAAAUGUGCACUAUGGUUGCGUCAACAAGGAAUCAAAGCUAACGAUGUGGUCGCCGUAUGCGCUCCCAAUAUUAUGGACAGUUUUGCACCAUUCUUCGCUACCUUCUGCGUGGGAGCAAUCUUUACUGCAUGGAACGUCGCAAUGGAUAUACGAGAGGCAAGACAUUUUAUGAAAUUAUCAGGUGCAAAAAUUGCUUUUACUGACGAAAGUGCGGUAGACAUAAUGCUGGAAGCGGCGAAACUCGAGAAUUACGAUAUCAAGAUUGUCGUACUCGAUAAGGCUUUAAAUGCUUUGUCCUUUUCGAAAGUACUUGAAGGUCAUAGCAAGUUCGAUGUGGAGAAUUUUGAAUGUGCGCAAAUCGAUAACUUCCAUAAUACAGCUGCACUUCUUUUUUCGUCUGGUACUACUGGGAAUCCUAAAGGAGUUAGAAUCUCGCAUUUCUUUCUAUUGAAUUAUCUACUCUUGCCGAACGAUUUCAAUGUCAUAGGAGUUCCAUUCUGGCUGUCGCAAUACUUUUGGAUUAGUGGAAUUUUGUUAACAUUCAAUUCUGUGGUGAAUUAUAACAGAAGACUACUUUAUCCUGCAUUCGAAGAGGAGAUGAUAUGUAAAAUCAUAGAAAAAUAUAAGGUAACAUGGAUUUUCUUGUCUCCCAGCAUGGCAAAUAGAAUAUUGAAAUCAGGCUAUCUUAAGAAAUACGACGUCUCCAGUAUUAGAAAAGUAUGCGUUGGUGGAGCUAUAUUUACCGCAGAAAGUCAAAUUAAGCUCCAGGAAUGCUUGUCAAAUGGCGAUGUCAUACAAAUGUACGGAUUGACUGAAGUUGGCCUUAUAACAGUUCAAAAGCCACAUCACAAAGCAGGUAGCGUUGGAACGGUACGAAGGAAUGCUCAAAUCAAAAUCGUCGAUUUAAAAAGUAAAUGCGCAUUGGGCCCAAACCAGACAGGUGAACUUUUUGGAAAAUCGUUAACUAUGAUGAAGGGUUAUUACAACAAUCCUCAGGCAACGAAAGAUGCGAUCGAUGACGACGGAUGGUUUCAUACCGGUGAUCUUGCGUAUUACGACGAGAACGGUGAAGUUUUCAUCGUCGAUAGACUGAAGGAGACAAUGAAGUACAGAGGAAUUCAAAUCUCUCCAACCGAAAUUGAGAAUCUUUUGCAAUCUCAUCCCGAUGUUGUUGAGGUUGCUGUUGUUGGUGUUCCUCAUCUUCAGGACGAUGAGCAUCCUAUCGCUUUUGUUACCAAAGUUCCCGGUUCGAAGGUGUCUGAACGUGAGCUUCAAGAAUUGGUAGCGAAAAAUAUGACAGAUCCCUAUCAUUUACGAGGUGGUGUGAAAUUUUUAGAAAAAAUGCCUUAUACGGGUUCUAGGAAAAUAUCCAGGAAAAAUCUUAAAGCAAUGGCUAAAAGCUAUGAGUCCGCUAUAGAUAUUAAAGUAAGACUGAAUAUACCUCUAGUUGAAAAUAUACAAUCGACAAACAUGGAUCGUAAAUUGAUAAACAGUAAGACCGAUUUCAUUAAGGAAGGUAAUGUAUUCAAAGGCAAAGAAGUACCUUUUUCUACGGAAUACACGAACAUUGGACAAUUACUUUUGGACAGAAUGAAAGAUAAACCGGACUUUGUCGGUCAGAUAGACGUUAUCACCGAGGAGACAUAUACUUUUGGCGAAAUGUUUGAUCGAACUGUAAAAUGUGCACUAUGGUUGCGUCAACAAGGAAUCAAAGCUAACGAUGUGGUCGCCGUAUGCACUCCUUACAUUAUGGACAGUUUUACACCAAUUUUCGCUAGUUUCUGCGUGGCAGCAAUUUUUACAUCCUGGAAUUACUCAACGGACAUAGGAGAGGCAAGAUAUCUUAUGAAAUUAUCAGGUGCAAAAAUUGUUUUUGCGGACGAAAGUUCGGUAGGCAUAAUGCUGGAAGCGGCGAAACUCGAAAAUCACGAUAUCAAGGUAGUCGUUUUCGGUAAGGCUUCGAAUGCUUUGCCCUUUGCAAAAGUACUCGAAGGUCAUAACAAAUCCGACGUGGAGAAAUUUGAAUGUACGCAAGUCGGCAACAUUCAAGAUACAGCAGCUAUUCUCUAUACAUCUGGUACAACUGGCCUUCCUAAAGGAGUUAAGAUUUCACAUUCCGCUCUUUUAUGUAAUGCACUCUUACCAAGUUAUAUCAAAGGCGAUAUAGUUCCACUUUGGAUGACGCCAUACUUUUGGAUUAGUGGAGUUUUAUUAACCUUGAGUUCUGUAGUGAACCAUACCAGAAGACUCCUUUAUCCUUCAUUCGAUGAGGAAAUGACGUGUAAAAUUAUAGAAAAGUAUAAGGUUACAUGGGUCUUCAUGUCUCCUAGCAUGGCGAAUAGAUUAAUAAAAUCAGGUUAUUAUAACAAAUACGACGUAUCCAGUGCUAUGUAUCUAUGUGUUAGUGGUUGUAUAUUUAGCGCAAGAAGUCAAGCUCAUCUUCAAGAAUGCUUUCCAAAUGGCCACGUUAUACAAAUAUACGGAAUAACCGAGCUUGGCGGCACUGUAACGUCUCAAAAGCUACAUCACAAAGCAGGUAGCGUUGGAGAGAUAGCAAAAAACGUUCAAAUCAAGAUCGUCGACACAGAAACUAAAAGUACAUUAGGUCCAAAUAAGAUAGGUGAAAUCUUUAUAAAAUCGUUAAAUAUGAUGAAGGGUUAUUAUAAUAAUCCCCAGGCAACGAAAGAUGCGAUCGAUAAAGAUGGAUGGUUCCAUACUGGUGAUCUUGCGUAUUACGACGAGGACGGUGAAUUUUUCAUCGUCGAUAGACUAAAGGAGACAAUGAAGUACAGAGGAAUUCAUAUCUCUCCAUCCCAAAUUGAGAAACUUUUGCAAACUCAUCCUGAUGUAAUCGAGGUUGCAGUUGUGGGUGUGCCCCAUCUUCUAGACAAUGAGCAUCCCAUCGCUUUUGUUACCAAAGUUCCCGGUUCGAAGUUAUCCGAACGAGACCUUCAAGAAAUGGUGGAAAAAAAUAUGGCAGAUUUCAAUCAUUUACGAGGCGGUGUGAAAUUUUUAGAAAAAAUGCCUUAUACGGGCUCUAGGAAAAUUUCCAGGAAGGACCUUAAAGCAAUGGCUAAAAGUUAUCAGGUCGAAUGAUUAUUUUUAACGAAUUUUGUGAUCACUUAUUUAGAAUGUGAAAUAAAUUGUUUCUUCUAAAAUAUGAUAUUACUAUGGGAAAUGUGGUAUAAUAUGUAUGGAAAAUAUUCAUUCGUUAUUGAUAUAUAAAUGUCCAAUGCUUCCCCAUUAAAAUGCCGAAAAUCUUCAUAUUUUCCUCUACGUAAAGUUCCGAUGAAAUAUAUGCGGAUGUGUAUA